AGUUACAAUGGCUACAAUAAUUAAUUCACUUGCUGUACCCUCAAGCUAUCGUGACCAAUUAUACCAGGGAUCUUCUAAUCAACUCUCUGACGAUCUUUCUACAACAGCAACUCUGUAUAUCGGCAAUUUAUCAUUUUUUACAACAGAAGAACAAAUUUAUGAACUUUUUGCAAAAUGUGGAGAAAUUAAACGUAUUAUUAUGGGGCUCGAUCGUAAUCAAAAGACACCAUGUGGUUUUUGUUUUGUUGAGUACUAUCAUCGUUCAGAUGCUCUUGAUUGUAUGAAAUAUAUUAAUGGCACUAAAUUGGACGAACGUGUUAUUCGUUGCGAUCUUGAUCCUGGAUUUAGAGAAGGUAGACAAUUUGGUCGUGGUAAAAGUGGUGGACAAGUUAGAGAUGAAUAUCGUACAGAGUAUGAUGUCGGUAGAGGUGGCUGGGGUCAUCGUAUACGAAUGCAGUUAGAACAAGAGCGCGAGCGUAAUAUUAAAGAAAAUUAUGAAGCUAUUAAAGAUAUUCCCCGUGGUGCUGAUGAAUACAAGAGUAGAGCAGCUGCUAAUCAAAGCUAUAAACGUAAAAUGGAAACCGAAGAUAUUGAUUCUCGUAAACGUACAAGAGAACAAAACCCACGUUUCAGAGAAAAUGAUGAAGAUGAAGAAGAUUAAAUAAGUUCUAUUAAAAUAAUAAUAAUAAUAAAA